AUGGACAGAAUGCAAGAUAUUGAAGUUUUCGUUUGCGAUGAAAAAUGCCAAGUCAACAGACAGUUAUCGAGCAGUACCAAGUUGCUGUGUUCAUUACCCGAGGAUUCGGAUCAAGACGCAGCUUGCAAUGUUCGGGUCGUAGGACGUUUGGAGGGCUAUAAUGCGUUUACUCUUGAAGUGAAGAAAACAACUCAUAGUGUGGCAUUGAUGACGGAACGUUCCUCUAGCUCGCGAACUUGGAAGGAAAUUGUUGCAGUGGUUGUUGUUGUUAUCAUUUUGACAGUGCUGGGAGUGAUCAUAUGCUUGGCGAGGAAGAAGAUGAGGAAGAAAGGAAGUACCAUGGAGAUAUCCAACAGCAAUGUUUACGAUGAUGGCAUAGAACGAAUAACUAUGGGACGAUUCAGUCAUCCUAAUCUUAUGCAGUUGGUAGGGAUUGCUUUUACUGACGGAAAAAUCCCAGUAAUUGUUACGGAUUACAUGGAAAACGGAGAUCUUCGCACCUAUCUUCGAGAUGAUUCGAAGAUAAUCACACUGCGAAGUUUACUUCGUUUUGCAUGCCAGAUUGCUCAAGGAAUGGAGCAUUUGCAUUCGUGCAGAUCUGUUCACUGUGAUUUAGCCGCAAGAAACUGCAUGUUGGACAAUGAUUUAAACAUAAAAAUUGGCGAUUUUGGUCUUUGCCGAAGAGUUAGUGACGACAGUGAAGCUUACGAACCUUCUAACAAACAUCGGGAUGUGCCUUUCCCUUGGAUGGCUCCCGAAGCCAUAAUCAGCGAAACAGUACGUCCAAGAUCAUAUUGACA